CUUUUGAAUCACCUCAUCUUGCCCUGUAGGGUGUGACCACACAAGCCCUGGUAUAUAAGCUGGAAAAGAGACCACGGGUGUCUCAAAGGAUUUCUCCUUCAGAUUGGAUCCCCCUUUGAAGGUCUGGAGAUGUUUCUCAUCACUUGCUUCAUCUUUUGUCUCUUGGGCAGCCUUACCUGGGCAGGUCCAAGUCAUCGGACUGUCUGUCCUUCCGGCACCUUUGCCUAUAAAGACAGAAACCAGUGGUAUUGCUACAAGUUCUAUGAAGAUCGGCUCACCUUUUAUGAGGCUGAGACAGAGUGUCAGUUCAGAUGGAGAGGCCAUUUAGCAUCUCUGACAAAAGACAAGCAGGUCAAAAGCAUCGGUGCCUAUGUCACUAAAGAAAACUUGAGGGGUGAUUUCGUCUGGAUUGGACUUCAACUCAUUCGAGAUGAAGAGUCCAAUGUGAAAAUGGAAUGGAGCUGGACUGAUGAGACACUAUCCAACUAUACAAGGUGGAGCUUUGGUGAACCCGACACUACGUCUUACAGUGACACUUGUGUUGGUCUCUCUCCUGCAACUGGGCACGAGAAAUGGGUUGAUAUAGACUGUAACCGCAAAUUUCCUUUCCUCUGCAAAUGGAAACCCUCUUAAGCCACGUCUGAAGAUGGAGUUGGGGGGCUCCCCACUGAACGGAAACCUGAGCUGAGAUCUUUCGGUUCCAUCUUCUCUAUGUGCAAAAACGUGUUUGCCAGAAAGACCAGCUGAACGUCAAGCAGUUGGUUCCUCUCUGUCCUCUGAACUUGCUUCUCUCCCCCUCUUUCUGAAGAAUGUGCCCCUCCCUUGAUAAUAAACUGUGUUGCUCUGCC